AUGCUACUUGACGAACUUUGUACAAAGCAGAGAGAAGAUAUGAUGAAAGAAGACAAAAACAUACAGAAAAGAAUACCACGUUCGGUACCAAAAGGAAAGGAAAAGAACUAUAAGUAUAUGAUUUACACUGAAGAGAUGGAAAAUGAAGAAGACAGAGAUAUGGUUAUGUUGCAUUUAGUCAGAAGAAACAACAAAAGCUUUUACGACCUUGCUAAGAUUUACAAAUCUGACAGAAAUUGGUUCUAUCGCGAAAACUUACCGAUUUCAAUGACACCAAAUGAAGAUGUUAAACAGAUAGUUCAAGAUACGUUACCUCAAACACACUAUGAUAUGAAAGGUUGUACAAUACUUACAUUCAAAGAAGAUUUACCGCUACUGAAAGAAAAAAUAACAGAGUAUUUUGACAACUUCAAAGAGGAAGAGUAA